GUGUACCAUCACCGCAAACAGCGUGCGUGCAAUUAAACGAGAGUGCGGUUCGGCGCAUUUUGCUGUCCAGUCAGAUUUGCCGAUCAAUAUUUUUGCAUUUUCUCACUAUUACCCGUAAAUCAAGUCAAAAUGAAACUUUUAACGUACAAUUUCCUCACAUCCAAGUGUAUUCGUGGCGUUAAAGUGGGCUACCCGUUGAAAUUGAACAUAGUGGAAAAGAAGGUUGUUUCGUCUGAUUUCAACUCGGAGUUCAUCACCCGGAUGAUUCCACGGCUGGACUGGGAAGCGAUCAAAUUGGCCGCCACUCAUGUUGGUGCCGAUCUCCCUGCCACCCUUCCAGAGGAUAUUGCCUCUGACACGGAAACCCUCCAGAAACUGCACCACGUCCUGAUGGAGGUGGACGUCGUCGAAGGAACCCUGGAAUGUCCCGAAACGGGACGAGUAUUCCCCAUCAGCGACGGUAUUCCGAACAUGCUGCUGAACGAGGAUGAGGUCUAGGUUCGGAUUGCAAUCUCCUUCAACAUUGUGAGGAAACAUUAAACUGAACUGCAUUUUGACAGUUACAAUGAGUUAUACCGACUUGUGAGUAAAACCAACAAAGCUUUUAUUGAGUAGUGAACUAGCACUCAAUGUUUCUAAUUUGUAUAUAAAAUAAUCCUCUUCUCUUUAACGCAAAA